GUGGCGAUUAAAGUGGAUCUGCCGCUCCAGCAUUUCAGUUUCCAUCAAAGCGUCGCAAGUGGCAGUGCGUCAGUGCGUGUUCCCAGGUUAAAUUCUACACCUGUUAGGCCUGUCUACGGCGGCCUUGGCUGGCCAGCGCGCAUCGUAUUUCGCCGGCGACGUGGACGAAUCUGAACACAGUCUGUGCGGCAGUAAGACAACACUUCGGAUCCGGUCUACGGGGUGUCUUCUGGGAGAGUGGACAGGCGGCACACAGUUAAAGAUUUGAUUUUUGCUCUGCCAAACAGAGCUCCAUUUGUGUUUACAAAUAUUGACGAGUACAAACAAUAUUCAUAUGACGGAUAGUGUGAUAUCUCUUGAAAGGGGAUGCAUUGUGGCGGAGUUGGAUUUAUCCAGAUAAAAAGGAAUACGAGUGCCAUCGAGCAGCAACACCCCGCCCGCCGCCCAGUUAAUAGCUCAUAUUCGCUCCUACCGACAACGCAUUGUUUUGCGAAUUCAAUUAAAGCAAUCAAAUUUCAAACCCAACCGACUUGGAGCCCCGCCUGGCACUAGCCUCAGCGCUAACCCCGACGAGCUGGCGAAAGGAAAAAAAGAUAACCCGUAAAUAAAUACAUACAUGUGCAAUUGCCUUAAAAGGAGAGUGCAAAUUGGCUGGCAGUGGCAGUUACAGACGCGACAUGGUCGCGCCCGAACCGGAGUUACAGCAGGUGUCUGAUUCUAGAUCUCAGCCAAUGAGUAGGCUGGAUGCGGACGCGGUACAAGGCACAAACGAGGGCAGCAAUCGGCCAAAGGAAAACAAAACAUUUGAUGGACAGUCGCUGGAGAAUAUAAUCAGCGAUAAGGGAAAGCCUCAGAAAGGUUCUGAUAAACCAAAACCUGCAUAUAAGAGCCUGAAGCGUAGGCCAGUUAAAACACACAGAGACAACAGACCUCUGGUGCUUGAGGAAAGGCAUUCGCUUUCGAUAGCCGAGACAAAGAAGCGUAGGGCCAGCGUGUUCUCCGAAGAACGCCUCUUCAUCCCCAAAAAUCUGGCACGCAGCAAUCUGCAACAGCGAGGCAGCUCGUUUCCCGUUGGAACUGGACGGGCCCGAUUCGUGGCCAAAAAACUGAAGAAGGGACAGGUGGCUGGUGUACAAAGCAGCUCCAAGGAGGCUCCUCCAGAUAGCACACACCAUCAGAUGAUCAUGGCAGACGGCAAUGGAAAGGAUACGAGUAUGGAAACUAAGGAAGCUGAUGCUCUCAGAGCAAACCCCAUGGCCACGAAGGAGGAGCCCAUACAUAUGCCCAAUCUAAAUGCUGAAAGUGCUCGCAAUGUUGAUGAUGACGACGAUGCUGAUGAUGGCAUAAAGAACAAAUCAGAAGUGACGGAACCAGCAAGAGGGCCACACUCAAUGCAGGAUCAAGGCCACAGCGUGAUUAAAGUCAGCACACAGUUGAUGUCGGAGAAGGGGGUUCCGUCGGAUCAGCCAUAUCCCUGUUUGCGUUGGCACAACCCAGACAACCAAUUUCGCGAUCUAAAAAUGGGUCUCCUGGAUGACCUGAGGAGCAAACCGGAAGUGCAAGCAACGGCAAACUUCAUCGAAGUAGAAAACAAUGGAGAACGCAAUAAAGGUGCCGCAAGAGCUGAAAGCCAAGAGGAACGGGUGCAACAAACUAGCGGAAAUCUAACCGAAACCCAGCAGCUGCCCCAUCCGGAGCCACGCCAGCGAUCGGAGAUGGCGCCCUUGCACAUCCCAAACGACCCGAUAUAUCCGUCCGUCCAUCAUAUACAGCCUCCGCCCAGGGUUGAGGCCCGACCCGAGCCACAGGCUCAUUAUUAUUCUGUUCCCGUAACCGUCAACAGUUCCUUUGGAGUUACAUCAAACGCCACGUCCUCAGAAGCGGCGGGAGAACAUUCUCUACUCUCUCAGCGAUUACUGCAUCAUAGCGUCCUGCCGAACGUGGACCAAUUUCAGCCAAGCAGCGCCUGCCACAACAGUGCCAUGGAUCUGACCAAUCAGAGCUACAGGCACCAGCAUGCGGAUGGGGAAACGCAAGCACUUCCCAGUGCAAUGGAGCAUCCGUGGAGGCAGCAGAGCCUCGACACGCAUCCGGGCCACUCUUCGCAAACACAACAACAGCUACAGAAUCUCUUUGAUCAGCCGCCGCUCCAGCAUCACACAAUUCCGCACUUAUCGGCGCAGCAUCAUCAGGUUUUGUGUCAGCAGAAUAUACUCGAGUCCAUUGGUCAGCUGGAGAAACUGAAGGUCAUGCACCAGAACCUGAAGCUCCAGGAAGAAAAGCAAGCACGUUUCUUCCACACAGCCCUCACGACCAUUCUCAACGAGCGGGCGGACGAUGAGCAUAUGUUUCAGUACAAAAUGAAGCAAAGCAAAAAGGCAGAGGACAAGCUGAAUGCGGACAAGGAGAAGCAGCAGCGAAAACUGAAAGCAGAUCUCCAAUAUUUGGAUGUGCGUAUACGUAACCGACAGCGCAUUUUGUCCUGGCGACAGCAUCAGCAACAAUUGCUGUUGCAGAACCCAUUCCAUCAACAGCAGCCGCUGCAGCAGCAGCAUCAGCAUCAGCCGGAGCAGCAUCAGCCGAAGCAUCCGCAGCAGCAUCAGCCGCAGCAGCAUCAGACGGAGCAGCAGCGGGACAUUCUGUACCACUACCCGCAGAGGCCGGUGGUAGUAGAGGAGUCCCACAAGCAGUAUCAUCAGAAACAGCAACAACAACAGCAGCUGCAGCAACAUCAGAAGAAACAGCAUCAGCAAGAGCAGCUGCAGCAGCAGCAAAAGCAGCAACAGCAGCAACAGCAACAGAAGCAACAGCAACAUCAGCAACAGCAACAGAAGCAACAGCAACAUCAGCAACAGCACCAGCAGCGCGUACAUAAGCAACACCACACGGCCUUGUUUGAGCCGCCCCCCUACAUAUAUCCAUCAUCCACCUCCUACAGGCUGCCUUUGAAUGUUGCAACUACCGCUGCCGCUUCAGGAAGUGAAUUUCAGGCGAAGCUCAUGCCAUUGCCUCCUCUGCUGAGAAAGCCUCCGUUCUCCAGCUGCGGGAAUGCCAAAAAAAAGACCAAGACCCAAGAUGUCGAGCCACGACGUGAAAUCAACGAGCGUAGAGGAGUCGCAUAUCCGACUCCGUCCGUAGAAGCCCACUAUCCCCCAGCUGCUGCCGCCACAGUCUCCUCCUCCACAUACCCCCCCUAUCGUUUUCAAUACACCUACAAACCAUCUGCACCCGAAAGAAGUCAGGAGCAGAGAGCACCCGGGCACGACCGCGAGUACGGUUCGGCAGGGGGAACGGCAUCUACUUUUAUCACAAACUAUGUCUCGAGCUAUCUGAAUGAGAAUAUGCGAACAAAUAAGAGCUUUGGGAAGAUGGCACCGCAAGACGUUGGAUAUCCAGAUGCUGUUGGCCUGAUAGACCUAACCGAUGAGAAGGCUGGCAAGUGCAGUUUUGUCAUAGCGCUGAACAGCGAAGGUCAGCUCGAGAUCAGUCCGAAGGGAGCCGGGGCCAGGGCCAGGACCAAUGAGCCGGAUCAACGCCAGGACAGGAUGUGCAGUGGCAUCUGCUCUGCGGCGAACAAGACUAGAAUGGAGAAAGUUCCGGUUCCGUCAAGCAACAAGCAGCGAAUCAGUAUAGCCUUAAUCAACCACGAUACAGAGGCAUUCGACUCCCUGCAGGUGGCCUCAGACGUUGAAUGCGAAAAGAAUAGCAGCUCUGGAGAUCUAACGCGCUUCGUGAAGGUCUACAAUGGGGAAGAUCUAAGGAGCAAGCCCUCCUUUGUCGUCCUAGAGGAUGCUCUGGUGCGCAAGCGCAUUGAACAUAAAACAGAGAGUUCAGUGAUCAACGUCCAGCAGGAGACCGAGCCCAGAACAGACGACUUUCCUAAGGAUCCAUCACAAAACAGUGGGUGUAGUUUGCUCCCUCCUCAAACCCGCUUCAACACCUUGCACAAUCUGAGAAACAGCCAGGAGGGAGAGGGAGCCAGCAACAACACACAGAUGUCCGAGGCCAUUAGUCUCUCCCCAGCCACGAAUAGUCAGCCAAGUGAGCAGCAAGCGAUGGCCAAUACUGCAUCACAUGUGACCAUCAGCUUCGUUCCUGCAUCGGCUUCGCAAUCGGUGAACCCUAUGAUGUAUCCCUGUCAGCCAUAUUUGAGCAUGGCCCGUUGUCCCAGCGGCAACUACUGCCAUUUUUGCCCUUUAAAGCCCCCAGUCCGUCAAGCCACGCCGGAUCCCGGCUGUUGCACCUGCAGUAGCUGUUGUGCCAUGAGGUCCGCCAGCAACAGUUUCAACAGUUUCAGCAGUUGCAAUAGUUGUAGCAACAAUUGCUGUCCGCUCAAGCCACCACCGGGAGCAACAGCAGCAGCAACGGGUCUACAUAUGCAUCCUUCUCUGAACUAUUGCCAGCCCAAUCUGUAUGCCAUGCCAAUGGUUGCGCAGCAUGUGUUCGCACCAGUUCUACAGCCAUCGGGACAGCAGCAGCAGCAACAGCAACUGCAGCAGCAGCAGCAACAGCAACUGCAGCAGCAGCAGCAACAGCCACUGCAGCAACAGCAACUGCAGCAGCAACAGCCACAACAGCAGCAACAAUAUCCCAUUGCUGGCUGUUGGUAUCCGUAUCCGCCGUCUGCUUUAAGCCAUUGCAUGCAUCAGUGCUUCUGUCAUCCAAUGACCACGACUGGCAUGGGCUCCAACUGCUGUCGAAUGAACGCUGCCUAUCAUCAUCCGUGCCCCCAUUGUGGAUCAUUCUGCAAUAAUCCACAGAUGCAACAGAAGCCACAGCAACAGCAACAGCAGGUGGAAUCGCAAAACGUGGCAUGUGGUAACCAGCGGCAGCGACGCUAUCUAGCCAAGCGUCCAAAAGAACCAGCUUCCAGCGAUACAUGCUCGUUGUCUGUGAAUCACGAGGGAUUGAGAAGGAUGUUCGGCCCGAGCCCGCAACAGCAACCGAAGUCCAACCAGGACGAGCAGGUGAAGCCUUCGACCGGAAGGGUUCUAAAGGCUAUUCCGGACAAAGAACCUCCCCGUUCAUUGGCUGGAAAUACCUUCGGCAAGAACGAUUCAACAUCGAUUGUUGGCAAGCAAUCCAAUUCUCUUUAUAUGGCUCGCUUUGGGAGGACUUGCAUGCUGAUGAAACCCUCUGUCAGCACUCCGAUGCCGCGUCUGCUGACCAGGCGCAUCAGCCGGUACACCUCGGUGAUGGCCUGGCCAACCAAUCACAAAUCAGAGCUAUCCAAAGAGACCAGCCUUAUCCACAAAACUGACUGAUAAACGGUGUUUUUUUUCAUAAAACCAAAUAAACAUUGAAUUGAUCCGAAA